AUGGCUCCAUUGGCUGUCACUGCACCUCCCUUCUGUGCCCCCCACGACUCUCUCAGCACCUUGGCAGAGUCCAGGAGCAUCCAGCACCAGCAGAUAAAACCAUUAGGCUCUUCAGAUUGCCCAAAUCGCAGCCGGACCCUCCGCAGGGGGAUCCCCGUUUACCACCCGCCGAUGUCGCCUCAAAGGCAAACCCCUGCGAUGGCCGCUGCCGUCAGUUCAUCGCUCAACGGUGCGGCCAGGGUCGGGCUGAGGGCGGCCGUCCAUCCCUGCCCGCCCCGACCCCUCCUGCUGUCGGCUGUAGGGCUGUCGGCGACCCGAGCCCGGCUCCGCUUCUCUGCGGGGCUUAAACAAAUAGCUCGCACUUCGCACAGCGAAAAGCGUUUGGGAAACCGGUGCUUCCUGCCCCCGCUCCCCUUCCACCGCUCACUCGGAAGCGCAACAAACAAACACACUCGCGGUCGGUCCGUCCCUCCGCGCCGCGUUCUCCGGGCGCCGCUCCCCGCGGAGCCGCCGUCGGACCCCGGGGCGCCCCGCACCGCAACCCGGGUCGGGUGGGACGGUUCGGGAGCCGCGAGCGCGGCGAGGUGCGUGUGCCUCCCCCGAUCGGGAAGUUCGCCGUCCCUUUCAACUUCUCCAAAUCGAGUGCCUUCGAUUGCGUUAGCUGACAUAUUUACUGCUUUGUCUAUUGUCGAAUUAACUGCAAUCGCAACUUCUUGCCUUGAAAUCGAUGCAAACGGACCGAGGGGGGCGGGCAGGGGGGAACCGCGCGGAUCUUUGGACGUUUUCGAGAGAGACCGUUCCCUCCGAGUUCCGCCCGCUCCGCUCCGCGCGUCCCCGCUCCCCGCGCCGGGAGCUCCCCCGCCCCCGCCCGCCCCCGCCGCUCCGGGGCUGCCCCGCGGCCGCUCAGCGCUCCCCGUCUCUCCGUCGCAGUUCCUGGUGCCCGGCAGCCCCGGCGCGUCCUGCUGCGAGCCCGCUCCCCGCUCCGGCCCGGAUGCGUCCUCGGCGCCGGCCGCCGCCUCGCUGUGCUGCGCCCCGUACGAGAGCCGGCUGCUGGCGCCCGGCCGCGCCGAGCUCAAUGCGGCGCUGGGCAUGUACGGAGCCCCGUACGCCGCCGGCCAGGGCUACGGCAACUACCUGCCCUACAGCGCCGAGCCCGCCGCCAUCUACACCGCGCUGAACCCCCAGUAUGAGAUCAAGGAGGGCGCCAGCACUCUGCACUCGGGGAUCGCGCAGCCCGCCGCUUACUACUCGUACGAGCACUCCCUGGGGCAGUACCAGUACGACAGGUACGGGCCGGUGGAUUUCACCGCUUCGGCCCGGCGCAAGAAUGCCACGCGGGAGACGACGAGCACCCUGAAGACGUGGCUGUACGAGCAUCGCAAGAACCCGUACCCCACCAAGGGCGAGAAGAUCAUGCUGGCCAUCAUCACCAAGAUGACCCUCACCCAGGUCUCCACCUGGUUCGCCAACGCGCGGCGGCGGCUCAAGAAGGAGAACAAGAUGACCUGGUCUCCAAAGAACAAAGCGGGAGAAGAGAGGAAGGAGGACGGCACGCGGCACGACGGGGAGUACGGCGCGGGGAGCGACGGCCGAGAGCCAAAGAGCUGCAAGGAGGACAAGGAGCUGCGACUCAGCGACCUGGACGACCUGGAGGAGGAGGACGAGGAAGAUGAGGACGAGGAGGAGGCGGGGAAGGCGGCGAACGGCCGACCCGGCUCUCUGCAGGAAGCCCCCGGCCCGCGGAGCGCCUGCAGCGUGCCCGGGCCGUGCCGCGCCUUCCCCUGCUCACGGGCCCCCACCGCGGCUCCGGCCCCCGCCGCCCUCGCCCCUCCGCCGCCCUACGCGCCCCCGGAGAAGCCGCGCAUCUGGUCGCUGGCGCGCACGGCCGGGGCCAACGCGACGCGCAGAGGCAGCCCCGAGGGUCGCGGCACGGAGGAGGGCGGCGGGACGACGGCGGAGCUGCCCCCGACCCCCGAUGCCCCGUUCCGGAGCUCCGCCUUCAGCCCCCAACCCGUCCCGCGGAGCUGCGCGUCCCACCGCGGCCUGGGGCAGCCGUGCCAGUACGCGGCGGGCGAAGGCUUCGGGCGGGGCGGCGGGGGCGGCCCAGGAGGCGCCGAGCCGGGCGGGACGUGCCUGGAGCGGCUGCGGACGGCCUUCAGGCCGGUGCUGAGGAGGUGAGGGCAUCCUGCCCCUUCCUGAGCGCCGGCGGCGGGGCUGGGGCUGCAGCCAGGCUCUCGCCCUGAAGCAGGAGGCGGCACUGCCCAGCGCCGAGCCCCCGGCCCGGGCACGGCGGGCACCGCUGCUCGUAGAGCGGGCGGAACGGCCCCGUCCGCGCUUCCGCUCGUUAAAUAGCCGCGAUUGAUGUGUUUACCAAAACCAAGACUCAGUUUUCCUCCCGUUUCCCCACGUCGUGCUUUUGUUGUUAUUUUCCCCCCCCAAACCCGCUGGUUCCAUCGCUCGGAGCGGUGGUGCACGACGCGCAGACCCCGGCAGCACCGCCCCGGCCGCUCCGUGACCCCGCGGCACUCAGCGCUGCCCCGGGCGGGGACGGGGGGCGGCGGUGGUCGGUCGGGCGUCCUCGGUGGGUUCGGGCCGCCGCCUCCGCCCCGGGCAGCGCUGCUCUCCCCGGGACAGCCGAGAAAGGGAAACCGCAUCUCUGCAUUCUUUCUGUUUAAUUAAAAGUGUCAUCAAACACUUUGUGUUCGGACUAAUAAACCAAGCAGGGAUGAGGAAAGAAUGUUUCUUUGUUCCUGUUUCUAGAAGCAGUGGCAAUAAUUUAAAUUAAUAACUGCGGUAAUUAAGAGGUCAUCUAUAGAUCAAGCCGAUACCUGCCAUUUCCAAGUUCACCGGGGUCAGCAUUUACAUUAAGUCAUUUGUGGUCAAUAGAGUCCAAUGAAUUCUGCCUUAAUAAAUCAGGGAAAUCAAUCUUGAAUAUCGAGUACACUUCU